AUGUUUCAAAAAAAGAAAGAAGAAGCUAUCAAGAUUAUUUCAAUUUCUAAUCAUCAAAAAAGCUAUCAAGAAAAUCAAGAAGAAGUUAUCACGAAAUUCAAGAAGUUACCACAGUAUGGGUCAAGCCCUCAAUACCGGUUCGUCCUUUCUCUUGCUCAACCAACCGCAGCAAAAGGAACUGGUGAGGUAACAGGGAAAGACUUAGAAUCUAUGGCAGAAAAUUGCUACCGUACACGCCUUGAAGAAAAAGAUGACGAUCAAGAAUGGUCUUUUGGCGACUUCUACCGCAUUGUGGAUGAGGCUGUCGAAGAAAUUAAUAGAAGACUCGGUGGUACCCAACUGAAGGUGCCAAGUGUUGAGAAACUAAAAGAAGCUUAUGAGAGACACAAUCUCGGUGAGGGGAAGAAGAUAUCAAAGGAUGAGUUUCAGAAGCUUCUUCAGGAGGUUUUGAUCGGAGCUGGUUUCACCGGCGUUGGAGGAGUAAAAGAGUUUCUACUCUUCAUCUUUGGAGUUCCUGCCUUGGCCGUAUUCCUCAAGAACCGGAUAGCUCCGACAUCCUUUCCCAACGACUUGCUCAUCCCCGCCGUCACUUCCGCCACCGUCUUCCUCCUCGCCAAGCUCAACAAGAUAUGA